AACGCCUUUGAGAUCAAUUUUUAAUGCAAAAGAGAGCAACCAAAAUUGUAUUGUUUACGAUGUGCAACGAAGACUCUACAUUACUUGUUUCCGGUGAGUAUGUAGUCUCAUCAUACCUGAGGAAUCAACUCGAACCCCGCUACCCCGCGGCAUGAUUUUAUAUCCAGGCAUCCUUACCAAAAGCAAAACACAACUGCCCCUGCUCGUGCGCUUUCAAGACAAGAUGACUGGUGUGUUUGAACACGCCUAUCUACAAUGAAUAGCUAAUAAGUCGUUCUAGAAUCCGUCUCCAGUCCCUUGCGAAAGCUUCGACCGACAGCGCACGGCUUGGUCGAUCUCCACGCCUCUCGCGCCUCUCGUGGCAAGUCUUCCAAGCGUAUACAUUCAACUUUGGCAACCGACGGUGCUGAUGAUGACGAAGAUAACGAAGAUCUCCCACUUGCAUCCACUCGUCGUCGUCGUCCCGCUCAAAUCGACCUCGAAUCAGACGAAGAUGAAGCCCAACCACUGAGCAAUCGAGCCCGGGUCGACAGGCGGGUUUCUGGACACAAUACGCCUGGUGCCACUCCAAGCUCAGCAACAUCUCCCCCCCUUCUAUCCUACGGCAUUGCACACAAAUGGGAGAACGGUGGACAUGAGGCCACAAUAACUACCGACGGUGGUGACCCUCCAAAAGCAAGCCCUAACAAUCGAUUGACCAAGGCCCCAACUCCUACACAAAGUGCGGCCGCUCUUCAGACCAAAAUCUACUCCAUCUGCUCCUCGCACAUCCAACAGCAAGGCAGCCGCUCAAACUCGAGCCCCAUCAAAUCCGAUAAAACCUCCCCUUCGAACACCGAGCACCGGCCACGCCGCCAAAGCCCACCCAUCUCCAGUUGUCGAUAACCUGAUUUCGCGAUCGCCAACACCCUAUUGGAUGAUUCUAACCGCCCGCCUAGAGAACGAUUGGGUCGUCAGUUCCCAGCUUCGCAUAGCCUGGCGUAUGGUUCACAUAGGUCCCGACCAGCCUCAGCCUUCGCCGCCGGUAAUCCCUUUCCCUCCGAUUUCGACCCGUCCGCCUUUCCUCGUCGACCCUCUUCACAUGACGUUGCUGACUCUGCAAUUAAUUAUGCAGAGUCACGUUAUCACGUCUCCGCGUCCGAUCGCCCAAAGACUCCUCAAGACGAUAUACGUGCUAUCAUACGAACACAGGCUCAGGAGAUUACACAAUUGAAGGAACAAGUAGAGUUACAGUUUGAGAUGGGCGUGCAAAAGAAGUAUACCCAACGCUAUGUUGAACGGCUUAUUCGUCUUAGCUAAGGUGCUUAUCUAUGAGUUGGGGGAUUUCUAUUCACUUUGUACCAUGCUUAUGCACUCGGUCUUCUGUCGUUUGCACUUCCUGUUCUUUGCCAAUUUACUCCGGCGUUCGAGAGGGUUUCAAUUUGGCGUCUGAGUUAGCAGUAGCCCUUCUCUCUGAUACCCAUGGGGCUACAAAUUUCAAUUGAACUAAUUAUCAUCUUCC